AUGGGCAUGGCGAUUACGGCUGCCAAAAUGUGGCAAGUGCCGUCGGAGGUGAACGGGGAUCACCUAUUUGCUGAACUGGCGAAAGUGGGCGCCAAGAUUCUUCUUUUUGCUGAAAGAGGCGCCCGGCGCCUAAAUGAAACAAAAAGAGAGGCGCUCGAAGCCUCCUCUUCGGCCUCCCAGUUGCAGCGCGACCUUGAUAACGCGACGGAGCGUCGUGAACAACUUGUGAAGGAGUGCGACGAGGCGCAAAUGAAUGCGGCCUUGCAAGUGUCGCAACUUCAGGGCGCCCUCGACGAGGAGCGCAAUAAGUCGGCCACCCUUGCAGCUGAGAAGGAGGCGCUGGCACAGGGGGCGGGCGCCCAGGCCAGCGAGAUUGCCGCCCUCAAAGAGGAGAAGAAGAAAUGGCAAGACGCCUACAAGGAGUGCAAGAAGGAGCUGAAGGAGGCGCGGAAGGAGAUUACCAAUUUGCGCCACUCGCUGGACACCUUCGAGGAGUCCGAGACUGGGAGGAACAUGAGUGCAAGUGCUAUCUUGUCUGGCCUGCAGAUCUUCCACGGCAAACUGGUGAAGGAUCACCCUGACCUUACUUGGGAUUUCACUGAAAUCGCCGAGUAUGUGAUUGGGGAGUUGGAGACUCCACCGGACACGGGGAAUGCGCCCCAAUCAGCCAAUGUGGAGGAGCCUAAAGGUGACUCUGUUCCUGUCUCUCCUUCUCCGAAGGCGCCUAGCGCAGGUGACGCCAACUCAGGCGCUGAGUGA